GGCGCGCGGCCUCCGCCCCUCCCUCCGCCUCUGCAGCGGCGGCGGCGGCUCCGCUGGGCUUCCUGCUCCAUCGCGGGGCGGGCGGGCCGGGGGCAGCCUGCGCGGCGCGGCGGGGCUGCUGAGGGGACGUCCGUACAGUCCAGGUGGCUAUUUUUUAAUGCAGUAGUGUCAUUAGCUGGCUGAAGACUAAACAUGAGAAUAGCAGGUGCUGCAAAGUUGGUAGUAGUCGUAGCGAUAUUUUUAUUGACGUUUUAUGUCAUAUCUCAAGUGUUUGAAAUAAAAAUGGAUGCAAACUUAGGACACAUAUUUGCUAGAUCAGCACUGGAUGCAGCUGCACACUCUACAAAACCUCCAAGAUACAAAUGUGGGAUCUCUAAAGCUUGUCCCGAAAAGCAUUUUGCAUUCAAAAUGGCAAGUGGAGCAGCAAAUGUAGUUGGACCUAAAAUUUGUGUAGAAGAUAACGUUUUAAUGAGCGGAGUUAAAAAUAAUGUUGGCAGAGGAAUAAAUGUGGCCUUGGUCAAUGGUAAAACAGGAGAACCAGUAGACACUAAAUUCUUUGACAUGUGGGGAGGAGAUGUGGCACCGUUUAUUGAAUUUCUGAAGUCCAUCCAAGAUGGAACGAUAGUGUUAAUGGGAACAUAUGAUGAUGGUGCAACCAAGCUUAAUGAGGAAGCACGGAAACUGAUCGCUGAAUUAGGAAGCACAUCUAUUACUAACCUUGGCUUUAGAGACAACUGGGUCUUCUGCGGUGGAAAAGGAAUUAAGACUAAAAGUCCAUUUGAACAGCAUAUAAAGAACAACAAGGACACAAACAAGUAUGAAGGCUGGCCAGAAGUUGUUGAGAUGGAAGGAUGUAUCCCUCAGAAGCAAGACUAAACGAAAAGGAAAGGUGAAAGAAUAUGGAAGAAAAUGCACUUUCUGCUAUUAUUAGGGAGAGGGCUAUGAAGGAGACUGUACUGUAAAUACUAUUUUUAAAGCAUGCAACCAUCUUGUCGGUGUGUGCAUGAGCACUGACAUUUUGAAUAUUGGGAUUAUUUAUUGCUAACACACAUAGCAGUUCUUUUUGUAAAUAUGUCCAAAAUAAAAGAAACAUCAAAUCAUUUCUAUGCAGGUUUCUUAAAAGCACAGUAUUUAGUCUGCCUGUGGUAAAUGAUACCUUGUAAGUCAAAUGGCUAAUAAAUUGCAUAUGCGGAUAAUAAACAGAUCCUUACAAAUGUUGUACUGUCCUCUUAACAGCGUAAUGUUGCUGUGAGUAUGUAACCUUUGUGGAAUAUUGUAGAUUUUAGUGAUAAGUUAAUAAAGAGCUUUAAUUUUUUUUUUUAUCUUUUGCCUUUUUAAUGGCAGCAUCACUUUUUAUUAAAGCUAUUUCGUUAUUCUAAUACCAAGUGCUCCUGAAAUUUAUUUUGUAGUCCCCCAUCAAAACUGAAUAAUCAGAAUACAUGGUAGUGUAACAGGAUAUGCUUGAGAAGCACAAUAGAAAUUAUUUUUAUUGGGGGAAGAAUAAAAGUAAAUAUAUUUAGUGUGUGUGUGAUAUUUAAAAGCAGCUUGGAAGGAUUUGUACUUAACUCUCAAAUAAAGUUUACUUUGUAGAAGAGACGUAGAGGUGUUAAGCAGCAGUACUGUGGCUAACUUGGUCAGUUUUUAUUGCCGUUUUUGUACUGCUGUUUCAGCAUCGAUUCUACCUACGGCUGUUUGGCUAUAGUGGAGAGUCACAUAGUAGAUGUGCAUUAUGGAAUAACUUCCUCUUUUGGUUCUAACGUCAGGAUAAAUUUCCCAUCACAAAGAGCCUGUUCGAAAGCAGUCUGCCUUCUAGUGAGAGUUGUUUCAGGGCACACAAUCGUGUACAGCACCUGUUUUACAUCUGAUGCGAGCUGAGGAGAUCUGUUCUUGCAGCGAGAUGUUGGAGAAAGCAUUGUAUCUUGGGUUAUGCAAUGUGUGAUACUUAAACUUAACGGACAAUGUUUCCUUCAUCUUUUUUUUUUUUUUUUAAUGGAAGAAAAUGGACCAAGUUGAAGUGGCCUUAUUCUCUAGCUUGUAUCAGAGUUGUGAGAAAACACUGCUUUCUUUGGAAACUUUGGUUUCUUUUAAGUAGGGCCAGCUUGAACUUCUGCUGAAACUAAGUUAGUAUGGUAUAACUGACGGUGUCAGUAUUCACAGAAUACACAGAACUGGGUGUAAUCUCUUGGAGUUUUAUGUCAUGAGUUCUGGUAUAAUCUUCAAAAACUUCUGGCUAGUACCAUGGGACAAAUGCCACAAAGGAUUUUUCAGGAACCCGCAGCGCGAGUCGAACACAGUGGCACUCGAAAUACUAUUGUUGUUGACGUCUUCUGAGACAAAUUUAUUUCUGUGCACUAAAAAUUUCAAGCAAUAUUGGGUUUUACCUUGUAAGUCACAUAAAUAACCUGUGAUGCCAGAGUGAGACUGGAUGCUGAGUUGUUCUGUAUGUUUAACUAGCUUGUUAAAUAAUGUGGUUUUCCCUCAAGUUUCAUGUAGAACAGCAAUAAAUGCACCUUAUACAGUGAAACUGCUUUUGUUAAAUCUUUCAGAUUUUCUUGUGUAGGAGGACAUGUCAAAAUCAUGUCUAUUUUUUCAUCAAAGUACCCCCCUCCGGUUCUGUCAGUUGGAAAAUAACUUCUAUU